AUGGAUUGCAGUGGACAGAAGAGAGAAAGAUGCAGCUCAAAUAAUACAGACGUCGCAGCUCAGAAUCAUCUAAGGAUUGUUCAAGCUGGAGACCGUGUUAACUUCAGAUGUAUUUUAUCAGGCGAAAUAAGAUCCAGCGUGGCUUGGGUCAGACAAAGAGUCGGAGAGAAACCCCUUCUGAUCGCUUCAGUGUAUCAAGCUUUAGAUGUCAAAUUUGAAAAUGAAUUUGACAAAUGUAAACGUUUUUUUGUAACAAAAGAUGAUAGAAGUUUAAUUCUGAGCAUCACAAAUGCAGAAGAAUCAGACACUGCAACAUACUAUUGUGUUACAUAUGCAUAUAAGUUCAUAUUUGGGAAAGGAACUGAUCUCAUUGUUAAAGGUGGAGAACUCAGCAUCGACUCUGAUCAUCAGAGACCUGUGUCAGAUCCAGAGCAUCCAGAAGAGUCUGCAGUGGCCCUGCAGUGUGCCGUCGUCACUCAGAGCUGUGCAGGAGAACACAACAUCUACUGGUUCAGAGACAAAUCUGGAGAAUCUCCUCCAGGAAUCAUUUACACUCAGGAGCGCAGGAACGGUCAAUGUGAGAGGAGCUCUGAUGGGAACUCUACCACACACAAAUGUAUCUACAACCUGCCCAAGAACAGCCUCAGUCACUCUGAUGCUGGGAUUUACUACUGCGCUGUGGCCGCAUGUGGAGAAAUACUAUUUGGAGAUGGAAGAGAAGUUGAUUCACCAGGGCCAGAUACACCAUGGAGUAAAAUUGCCCUGGUUUUAGCAGCUUCAAACUGUUUAUCAGUCAUUGUGAUCAUAGUUCUGUGCUCACAGAGGUGCAAGCACCAGCGAAGAGACGGGAUCCCGUAUAUUGUGCUCGAUCAAUCAAUGGCUGAUGAUAUCACUACUACAGUCGAUUAUACAACGUAUCAAAAACGUCUUUAACCUUUAAAAGGCUCGAGUAAUAAAACUGGCAGGACAAGUGAGACACGAGUUUGACUUUCACUUCCUCUAUCAUGUAUUUUUAGCAGUUGGUUGAAGGAAUAAAAUUAACUUAUAUGAGUCAGUUUCUACUAAGCUUACUUUUUUAUUUUUUGUAUUUUUUAAAUGCCAAAAUUUACAAUUUACAAUAAUAUGUACAAUGAUUGGACAUUAACUGUGGAAAUCAACAUCAAACUGCUGUUGAUAGAGCUUAAGUUGUAAAAUCUUUCCUCUUGUACUAAAAAGCCAGUGUGGAAGAUGUGUAAUAUUCCCAUCUUCUAUUGAUCAUGAAUAUAACAAUAGAAAUAUAAAUUAUUGAAAUAUUGUGUUUUAUAUGUUAUUAUGUUUUAUGCUUAGAAAUACAAUUUACCUGCUUUUUUGUUUCAUACUGAAUAUGUAAUUUUUUUUUUUUUUUUUUUAAAUAAUAAAAAAUAAUAAUUCAA